GUUGCUGCCGAAAGGGGCGGCUAUGGUGGAGGGAGCCCACGCAAGAAAAUUCCUUGUCCUCAGCGAAGACGAUCAUCGGCAUCGGUGGCGUGCUCCUCCAAUCCAUCCAUCACUGUGGGCGCCAUCCGACCAAUUGCAACUUGCCUGCCGGCCCCUUCUCUAUAGCGACAGUGCAGCGACCUUUCAGUUUCACACAGAGCUCAGCUCAGUGCCCCAGUGAGCUGAACCCAGUCCAGUCUCCAGUCUCGAGCGUAAUCCAUUCAUUAAUGGGGGAGGCGACGGCGACGGCGACGGCGGAGGCAGAGGCGCCGGUGAGCAGCUGGGUGGUGGAGAUGGAGAAGACGAUCGGCGAGAUGCACAUCGACCCGGCGGCGGAGAUGGCGCGGUGGAAGCGCCACUCCAUCUACCGCGUGCCGGAGCGGAUCAAGAACCUGCACAACAGCAAGGCGUACCAGCCGGAGCUGGUCUCGCUGGGGCCCUUCCACCACGGCGACCCGGAGCUGCUCCCCAUGGAGGAGCACAAGCGCCGGGCCGUGGUGCACCUGGUGAAGCGCUCGGGGCGGCCGCUGCGGGAGUUCGUGGCCGCCGUCGCCGAGGUGGCGCAGCAGCUGCAGGACGCCUACAAGGACCUCGGCGACGAGUGGCGCGGCGCCGCCGGCGGGGGCACGGACCGCUUCGUGCAGCUCAUGGUCACCGACGGGUGCUUCCUGGUGGAGGCGAUGCGGAUGGACGCGCUGCGGGGGAAGGUGCACGAGGAGUACGCGCCCAACGACCCCGUCUUCAGCAAGUACGGCUACCUCUACCUGUGGAACUACAUCCAGUCCGACAUGGUCGUCGUCGAGAACCAGCUGCCGCUGCUCCUCCUCCAGCGGCUCCUCAUUGUCCUCGAUCACCACAAAUACCAGGUCACAAUGCCAAGGAAGCGCAAAUUAGAUGAUGACUUUGAGGAGGUGAACCCCUUAAAGAAGCAUAAGCCUCCCGCAGAUCGGAAUAGGGCUUCUCCUAGUGCUCUUGUGACUGCCUGUAAGGAUAUGUCAGAUGAGACAAUGGCCGCGAUCGAUGACAUGGAUUUCACUAGUCUACGGAAUAUCAAGUGUGAUAAUCUGUUCAAUCGGCUUUCUCAAUGGCUUGCUGGUCUAUACGACCCUGAUUCCCGUGAGGUUGUUGUACCCGGUCGUGGAAGGUUACCGGUCAGUGAAGAGUCUGUGCAUCGUAUAAUGGGUGUGCCCCGAGGUGAUAUUGCGGUGGAUUUCAAGGUUCCUACAGAUGCACAGCUUGAGCUUGCGGGAGAUCUUUUUGGUGAUCUUGGACAUGCUCCUAAAACUGUGGAUGUAUUAAACCUUAUCUUGAGCACUAACCGGCAUGACGACAAUUUCAAGCGCUUGUGGCUUGUGCUUGCUGCCAGCAUCGUGAUGGCGCCGACGACUUCGAACAAGAUCAGCACCAGAUGGUAUCCUGUGUUGGUAAGCACAUCUGGCUAUCUUUCUAGUUCACGCUUUUUAUCUCUUUUCUUUUCUGUUUUUCUACCUGGUAACUUUUUGCUUCUUAGUCUGAUGAUUAUGCACAUAUGCACUUUGAUAACUUUCCCUGAUUUUUGGAGUGUGGUAAUUUCUGUCCCUUUGAUUUUUCUAUGAUCUGAAGUGUGGUAUUUAUGUAGUAAUGCACCUGAUAACUUUAUAUGAAGGUGUAGUAAUUAUAUAGUAAUGCACCGGAUAACUUUUUAUGAAGGUGUAGUAAUUACAUAGUGAUGCACCUGAUAACUUUUUUCUGAAGGUGUGGUAAUUAUGUAGUAAUGCGCCUGAUAACUUUUUCUGAAAGUGUGGUAAUUAUUUAGUAAUGCACCUGAUAAUUUAUUUAUGCCUUGCAAUAUGGUAAUUUUGACUUACUUCUCAAUAAUGUGGUAAUUGUGUGCUUAUGUGCUUGGUGAUUCAAUGCUUUAACAGUGUUAUAAGUGUCUACUUAUGUCCCCUGCUGUAACACCCCGAGAAUCAUGCUACAAUAAUCCCCUUUAAAUGUUGCCUUGUCAUCAUUGUUACUGUUGCUAAUCUCACUUUGAUUCUAUUCCAAUCCAAAUCUCAAUUUCAAAUUAAAGUCAAAAUUCUAAAUUGCUCAAACAUGAAAACUAAAAUGCUCAUCAUGUGGCAAAUAUCCUUUUGGCAAUAUUAGUGGCGAACCAACAUUUUGCAAAGUGUUUAAAUGCCCUAAACUAAUUAAAACAAUGGUUAAAACGUUGCUUAAAUGCCUUUUUGUUUUAUAAAAAUGCUAAGCUAAUUUAUUUAACUACCAAACUAAUUGUGGCAGUAGUCUAAAUUAUAAUAAUAAUUUAGGUUCAAGCUUUGUGUUUUAUAAA